AUGGACCGCUGACUUCUACCCAUGCUGAAGUCGAUGCGACGUGAAGCCAAGAGCAUGGCCGCUUUCCACUUUGCCAUGGAGGCCGCUAUCAAAAAGGACCAAAAUAAGCUUGACGUCUUUCAGGUGAGCACUAAAUGAUC